UUAAAUUUCAUUUCCACCUGGAAGGAGGGGAGCAGCAGCAGCAGCAGCAGCAACCCCGGCCGAGAGCCAAAGACUCGCUUGUUCUGAGCUGACCUAAAGCUAAAAGCCUGCCGGUUCCUUCUUCUUUCUUCUUCUUCUUUUGCUGCUGCUGCUGCUGCUGCCUCCGCUGCUACGACUGCUGCAAAGUCGCCCGCCCGCCCGCCUGCUUGCCUGCCAGCUGGCCAACCAUGGGUCACUCCGGAGAGCCGGGCCUCAUAGCCAACGUAGUGAACGACACCUUGGAGUUUUACCGCUGGAGCUGGAGCAUCCGAGAUAAACGUGUUGAAAAUUGGCCUCUGAUGCAAACUCCUUUUCCAACCUUGAUAAUAAGCACAUUUUACCUCCUUGCUGUUUGGCUUGGGCCUAAAUGGAUGAAGACAAGGGAGCCUUUCCAGUUUCGCUUUUUGUUGAUUUUUUACAACUUUGGAAUGGUCCUACUUAACUUCUAUAUUUUCAAAGAGCUGUUUUUGUCAUCAAGAGCUCGAGGAUACAGUUAUAUCUGCCAGAGUGUGGAUUACUCAGAUAAUGAAUAUGAAGUUAGGAUAGCAGGAGCUUUAUGGUGGUACUACAUAUCAAAAGGGAUUGAAUAUCUGGACACAAUAUUCUUCAUCCUAAGAAAGAAAUUUAAUCAAAUCAGUUUUCUUCAUGUCUAUCACCAUUUCACUAUGUUUACUUUAUGGUGGAUUGGCAUCAAAUGGGUUGCAGGUGGACAAGCAUUUUUUGGAGCUCAUAUAAAUGCUUUCAUUCAUGUUGUCAUGUACAUGUACUAUGGACUAGCUGCUUGUGGCCCGAAGUUCCACAAGUACCUUUGGUGGAAACGAUACUUGACCAUAAUGCAAUUACUUCAGUUCCACGUGACUCUUGGCCACACCGCCAUGUCUAUUUAUAUUGAUUGCCCCUUUCCUAAAUGGAUGCACUGGGGUGUCAUUUUCUAUGCCAGCACUUUUAUUAUUCUGUUUGGUAACUUCUACUAUCGGACAUACAAGAUGCCCAAGCAGCCCAAGGAGCUCAAGCAAAAAGAAAAGAAUGGCAAGCUCACCAACGGCGUAAUAGCAAAUGGUACAAGCAAACCAGAAAACGGUGCAAUUAUGGAAAAUGGAAAAGUGCAGAAGAAAGCCAAAGGAGAGUAACUUGAUUCAAGCCUUAAACAUUGCGAGCAGUGAGGAUUCUUCAAUCUGAUAAUAAAAGAAAAGGAAAUACUGUCCUGUCUUUACCAAUUGACCUUUAGGUUGUUGAAGAGAUAGAAAACAUUAUUUAUGAAGAUUGUUUUAACAACAAAAAUCCUAUUGUAAUUAUGUAAUUAUUGAGAUUCGUUAACUUUAUGUAAACUUUUAGACUGCAGGUGUUGGUAAUGUAAGAAAGAAUUGCUGAAAUAUUCUUUACUGUCAAUCCAGUGGUUAAAAUUGCAAUUAACCAUGGAUACAAUUGAUUUAUUGAAACAGACAUCUUUUCGAAAAAGAGAGCUUACAAAUUCUACCAUUUCUAAUCAAAGUUUUUGUUUAAAGGGAAAAAAGCCCUCAAUGAAAAUAUGGAGAGGGAAGUUUGCUCUCUUUUUUAAUAAUUUGUAGUUUCUUCAUCUAAAUUAUACAGUAUUGCUGUAUUAGGUUGUUCUAAUUUUCCCCUUAUGUCUGUUACAUUGUUGUUCAUUGUGUGAAAAUACACCUACCUCUUUAUUUGGUAAAAAAUAACAAGUACUAUUAAAUAUUCAUUUCUGAAAUAAGAAGCCCAUAAUAUAUUAUUUAGAAAAAAACAUUUGUCUCCCGUUAACAAAAUGUGUUUUCUUAUUAACAAGCAUAAAACCACAUUUGAACAUCUUUAAUGAUUAAUGAUUAUCCAAUUGCAAGAAAUGCAUGGGGUUGAUGCUUUUUCAAUGGUCAGAUGUACAUAGUGGGUGGAUCAAGGAUAGAACUCAAUUUUUACUGUGCUAAUGGCCUACUUAUUAAGCAUGGGACAAAUUCAAUAUAAAGAGGAGAGAGAUUCAUAAUUAUAAAGAAUUUUGCAUUUGAAGGCUUGAAAGCCACAGUUUACUGGAAUUUAAUUGUGGCAGCAAGUACUUCAAUGCCAUGACCAGAUGCACUGUACCUAUAUUGUUCUGAACUGUUUAUUCACACAAUAAUUUUGCUCUUUAGUACUGUAAAACCUCCAGACUCAUGUGUUUAAAACAGGCUCUGUGCAUGUAAUGAUGGUUCUUGCAAUUGCAUCCCUGCAAGAGCAAUAACAGUUUGGUAAGAUUCUAUUCUUUUCAUAUCAGCUUCUCUAAGUCUUAUUUCCAUGGAAGCUCUUCCCAUUCCUUCUGCUGCACCAUUGUGGCUUCUCUCUAAAGUUUGAGAGAGUACCUCAAGCUCUUCUCUACUAUGAACUGCAUACAUUAUAUUGCACUACAAUGAAGAAAGUACAACAAUGACUCUUCAUUUGCACAGCCAGGGCAAUUUGGAGAGAAAUCAUGAUUUGCUCCAGCUUGGAGUGACUUUGAGGGAGAGCUGCAUCACCCAGAAGGUCUUUAGAUUUCUCCGUUCUAAAUACAAGAGCCAAUCCUCAUGUAUUUUUCAGAAACAGUUCUUUCAAGCAGCAUAUUUUAUAUCAUGGAAAUAAAGUUAUUUAGUUGAGAUAGAA